AUGGAGGCCACAGACCAGAGGAUGGAUUCACGUAGGAAGGAUAGGAGAGGGGAAAGACUAAAGCAGGAAAUCGAAAAGUAUUGUACUUCGAAUCCAAAAGAAUACCUUGUCAAGAGUCUAAACUUGAGAAAGUUGCAUAAGUUGUCAAGUCAAGAGUGUGAGAGUAUCCCAGAAAUAGGGGAUUACUCUUUGAGGAAUAAGAAGAAGAGAUUCAAGAUUUUUGUUGCAGUUCCCGAUAUAUUAUUAGAGAAGGCAAGGCACGAGAAAGAGCAUGUGACUGGGUUGGAUCUAAAGAGUAGGGCAACUAGUAGGACAAAAACUCAGUGGGUACAAACCCCGAUUACGAAUUUGACUGCUGUGGGUGAGGGAAGAGGUAUUGUGUUGUCAUCGAAGUUGGAUAGGCUUUCGAAUUCAAUCUUUGGCUUGACGAUGGUGGAUCCCUAG